AUGACGCUGCUCAACAAAUACGGCUCGUGCUGGCGCGGCUCGCGGUCGGACCCGCGCGAUUUGGACGCGCUGCUGCAGUACAUCGAGGGGCCCGCGCGCCACGUGGACCGCGGCAAGAAGCGCGCCAAGAAGCAGCGACAGAAGGCCAAGAAGGGAACCUCGCACCAUGGAGACCGAGGCAAGAAGCGCGCCAAGAAGCAGCGACAGAAGGCCAAGAAGGGAACCUCGCACCAUGGAGACCGAGGCAAGAAGCGCGCCAAGAAGCAGCGACAGAAGGCCAAGAAGGGAACCUCGCACCAUGGAGACCGAGGCAAGAAGCGCGCCAAGAAGCAGCGACAGAAGGCCAAGAAGGGAACCUCGCAUCAUGGAGACCGAGGCAAGAAGCGCGCCAAGAAGCAGCGCCAGAAGGCCAAGAAGGGAACCUCGCACCAUGGAGACCGAAGCAAGAAGCAGCGCCAGAAUACCAAGAAGACGGAGGCGCGUCUGACGGAAGCGCGCGCGGCUUUAGCGACGGGUUACGCGGCCGCGCGCGGUUACGUGGCGCCGUUGGCCGCCGCCCACGCGCAGGCUCAAGCGAGACUGAAGGAGUACCGCGCGCAACUGCAGAACACUAAGAAAGGCAAGAAAAAGUUGAGUCCAGCUCAGCAAGCGAAGGUCCAGCUAUUCGCGGAGCAGAUAGGCGAGCUGACGAACCUCGUCAACACCAGUGCCAAGGAAUUAGCUGCGGCUGAGAAACAAGUGCAGGAAUGGUCGGCGAGACUGCAGGAGUGCGAUCGACAGCUGGCUGAGGCCAGGGCCGCGCAGGGCAAGCCGCACGCGCAGGUAUGUAUGUAG